GCCUGCCGAAACCUUAACAAGUUGUUCUGCUGGGUUUUGCACUUUGCUAAUCGCCGUCGCCCAAAGUCGUUUCCUCGCUAACCUUCUAUACGCUAGAAAAAUAACAAUUACCGAUAUCAUACAUACAUAUAUUAUACAUAUCGCAUCACGUCAACAUCAGAUACGUACAACUCGUCUUGUUUAACCCGAUGGCGAACUCAGCGUCGUCGUCGUCGCGCAGCGCGAUCAAGCGCCUCGUCAAGGAGAUAUCCGCCUGGCAGAGCGAGUCGGAGAACGAGACGGGUAUAGAGCGCCUGGGCCCCGUGAACGAGGAGGAGCUGCUGCACUGGGAAGCCGUCAUCAACGGACGGGGGAUAGGUAACGGUUACGAUGAAGGCCGCUGGCUCCUAGACAUACAGAUACCGGCGACGUACCCGCUGGCGCCGCCGACGAUGUCGUUCCGGACGCCGGUGGUGCACGCGAACGUGGCGCUGCGCGGGGGGGACAUCUGCCUGGACCUGCUGAAGGAGGCGUGGACGCCGGCGUACAGCAUCCUCGAGUGCGUGCGCGCCGUGCGCAUGCUCCUCAGCUGCCCCGAGACCGACAGCCCCCUCAACGUCGACGUCGCCGCCCUCCUCCGCGCCGGCGACGCCCUCGGCGCCAGGCGCCUCGUCGAGUUCUGGUGCGCGGACGAGGGCGGACGGUACGAGGGGAGGUAGUGGGGGAAAGGGAAGGGAAGGAAAGGAAUGCGUGUGUUAGGCGUGGAGUUUGGAAGAAGGGGGGUGAUGGAGAAGAAGUUUUAAGGAAAUUGGACAUUUCGGCAAAUUCGAACGAGAUGAAUAGCUGCUUACCUGACGGUUUAGAUGAGCUGGUAGGGAAAGGGAAGGGGAAGGAGACGUUGAGGGAUAGUUCAUUUACACAAGAAUAUGGAGCGGGCGUUUUUGUUGGCAUAUGUGUGACAUCGACUCUCUCUUUACACCAAGCUGCUAUUUCUCUUUCUCUUUUUUACUCAAUCAUAGCGUAUAUUUCACCAGUAAAGGUCAAUAUUUUAAUAGAAUAUUGAAAAAAAGAAACCA